AUGGCGGCUCACGCGACCGCUGCCUUCGUUAUGCCGGCCUCCGCCGCGCCUUUGAACCAACCAUCCAGCAGCGUCUCGUUGCCAGCCGCCUUACCCUGCCGCGCACUGUCUUCCCUCAGCUCCACCUCCCCGACUCUUAUUUCACUCUCCCGCCAAUGUGCGCGCCAGACCUCCCCUUCUAUGAGAUCUGUUUGCGCUGCUCCCGUCCGUGCGAUGGCGGGCGGCGACGGAUCUGAGCCGUCCGGGCGCAUAAUCCGCGGCAAGUGCUUCGUGCUGGAGGACAACAUCGACACGGAUCAGAUCAUCCCCGCCGAGUACCUCACGCUCGUGCCGUCCAACCCCGACGAGUACGAGAAGCUCGGCAGCUACGCGCUGGCGGGGCUGCCGGCGAAGCACACGCUGCGGUACGUGCAGAAGGGGCAGACGAAAACGGACUACGCCAUCAUCAUUGGCGGGGCUAACUUCGGCUGCGGGUCGUCGCGCGAGCACGCUCCCGUUGCGCUCGGCGCGGCGGGCUGCCGCGCGGUGGUUGCGGAGUCGUACGCGCGGAUUUUCUUCCGCAACUGCGUCGCGACGGGGGAGCUCUACCCGGUUGAAGCGGCGGAGGGGCUUGGCGUGAGGCUGUGCGAGGUGAUUAAGUCGGGGGAUGAGGUGACUGUAGAUCUGGAGCAUGAUCUGCUGAUCCACCACACCACAGGCAAGCAGUACGCACUGAAUCCCAUUGGGGAAGCCGGGCCUGUGAUUGACGCUGGGGGUAUUUUCAACUUUGCCCGCCAAUCUGGUAUGAUUGCCAACAAGGCUUGA